UCCAGUCUGCUUACUAAACCGUUUUUCUCAGCGCAGGAAAACUUAUCCCGUUGGAUGGUUACGGUGAGCGGUUAGAAAAGCCGGACAGUAAAAACCUAUCAGUCCCGUUUUGUGAGUUGUUAUCAUGCGCUACAGCCAUGUCCCCCCUCUGCUCCUCUGUCUGCUCUGCAUCGGACUGACGGCUCAAACUGAUGUGGAAACAGCUGAGGUGAUUCCCAGGCUGCUGUCCAGCCAGGAGACGCAUCUGUCUGAGGAUCCCGCCUACAGGCUGCAGCACCAUCAUCAGUGGCCCUUGGAUUUCUCGAGUAAAGAACAUUCUGAGGCAGAGAACAUUAUUGUGUCGCUGUCGGCUUUUGGAAGGAGUCUGUAUCUUAAUUUAAGACGAGAGCGCAAAAUUCUUUCAAGAGAUUUUGUAAUAGAGGAGAGGCUCAGGAACCAAAGUGUAGUAGUCAGACAUCUGUCCAUGAAGCAGCUUUGUUUUUACUCUGGCUUUAUCAUCAACCAUACAGACUCUCUGGCAUCACUAAGCACCUGUGGCGGUUUGACUGGGCUAAUUCAGAUUGGGGAGGACAGCCUGUUCAUCCAGCCUGUGGGUGAAUAUGAUCCAUCGCAGUCUUUCUCCGGAAUUAAGCACCAGCUGGUCCGACACCGGUGCUCACCGAAGAGCUCCCCUGGUCAGUGUGCCGGCCAGCCCAUCCACUGUGGAACUGCAGAAGGGCAGAAAAAGAAGAAGAAACCGAAACUGGGUGAAGAAGGUCGCACCAAGAGGAACACCAUGAACUUACACAAAACAUACACUUUGGAGACCGUGGUAGUGGCAGACCUCAACAUGGUGCAGUACCACGGUGCUGAAGUGGCACAAAGAUUCCUGCUUACUAUCAUGAAUAUGGUUGACAACAUGUUCCAGCACAAGAGUCUGGGAGUUACAGUCAACAUAAAAGUCAAUAAACUGGUUUUGCUUCACAUCAGACCGGAAAAACUAAAGAUAAGCCACCAUGGACAGAGGUCUCUGGAGAGCUUCUGUCAAUGGCAGCAUCAGGAGUUCUCAGUCCCUCGGUACCUCGGUACCAACCACAUUACAGGUGGACAGUACGACACGGCUGUUCUGAUCACCAGGACUGAUUUCUGUGUUCAUAAAGAUGAACCCUGUGAUACAGUCGGUAUGGCUUACCUGGGUGGUGCUUGUAGUGCAAAGAGGAAGUGUGUAUUAGCAGAGGACAAUGGAUUAAAUCUGGCCUUCACCAUUGCUCAUGAGCUCGGUCACAACAUGGGGAUGAGCCAUGAUGACGACCAUGCUAACUGCACCAGCCACUCCCAUAUCAUGUCUGGUGAAUGGGUGAAAGGCAGAAACCCAAACAACCUGUCAUGGUCCUCCUGCAGCCGCAGCGACCUGCAGAACUUCCUCAGAUCUGGAGCCAGCAUGUGCUUACACUACACAGACCCUAGGAGCCGCUACAGGAUGCGCUUGUCUUCCAAGCUUCCAGGGAUGCACUACAGUCCGGACGAGCAAUGCCAGAUCCUGUUCGGAAUCAAUUCCACUUCCUGCCCUGACAUGGAGCAUCUUAUGUGUGCUGGCCUGUGGUGUUUAGUAGAUGGCGAUCCUUCAUGUAAGACAAAACUCGAUCCCCCUCUGGAAGGAACAGAGUGUGGAACAGACAAGUGGUGCAGAGGGGGACAAUGUGUCAGUAAGGCUCCCAUCCCCCAACAUGUGGAUGGAGACUGGAGUCCCUGGAGCCAGUGGAGCAUGUGCAGUCGGACCUGUGGUACUGGGGUCCAGUUCAGACAGAGGAAGUGUGACAACCCGCCGCCCGGUCCAGAUGGACGGCACUGUCCAGAAGCCAGUGUGGAGCACAAGGCGUGUCAAGGUCAGCCGUGCCCCAAAGGGGCCCCGAGUUUCAGAGACCUGCAGUGUCUUUCCUAUGAUCAACAUGCCAGUAAAAGAAAGGGCAGACUGCUGACUGCAUUCAUUAAUGAUGAUAAGCCAUGUAUGUUGUUCUGCAGCCCAGUGGGUCAUGAUGUCCCGGCCCUGAUGGCUGACAAAGUUAUUGAUGGCACUUCCUGUGGACCUUAUGAGUCAGAUCUCUGCAUUAAAGGGAGCUGUAAGAAAAUUGGCUGUGACGGCAUCAUCGGCUCCUCAGCAAAGGAAGAUGCAUGUGGUGUUUGCAAUGGACAUGGGGACUCCUGUAAAAUUGUGAAAGGAGACUUCAACUAUACCAAGGGAAUGGGCUACGUUGAGGCUGUGGUGAUUCCCGCAGGAGCGUGGAGGAUCAAAGUCAUGGAGGACAAACCUUUACAGAGCUUUCUGGCUCUUAAGGACUCCAGCAAGAGAUCCAUCAACAGCGACUGGAAGAUUGAACUUCCAGGAGACUUUGAGCUGGCUGGGACCAUGGUGCGAUAUGUUAGAAGAGGACUGUGGGAGAAGAUUUCUGCCAAAGGGCCGACUAAAACUCCCUUACACCUAAUGGUCCUGCUCUUUCACGAUCAGAGCUAUGGGAUCCACUAUGAGUACACCAUACCUGUGAACACGAGCCAGGACCGGAGCAGUGAGAAACAGACAGAACCAGAGUACCUCUAUGUCUGGGCUCACAGUACCUGGCAGAACUGUUCAGUUCAGUGUGGAGGAGGUGAGAGGAGCACAGCGGUCUCCUGUAUGAGGACAGUCAAUAACAGCAUGGAGGUUGUCAGUAAUAACUACUGUCAGCCUGAGACCCGGCCCCAGGCCAAGGUGCAGCGCUGCAACAGUCUGCCCUGCCAGUACAGGUGGGUGGCAGGUGAGUGGGGGCCCUGCUCCGUCUCCUGUGGUAAUGGUCUCCAGCAGAGACAGGUGUCUUGUGUUUACCCCUCACUAAACGGCUCAUUCAUCCACACCAAGGACCGGGACUGCCACGGGGGCAAACCUGUGGGGCAACAGGACUGUGAGGGCAACUUCUGCCUUCCAGAAUGGGAGGCCUCAGACUGGUCACAGUGUUCAUCAGCCUGCGGUCGGGGUUUUCGCACGCGGACAGUGCGGUGUAGAAGCCCAGACGGAGGAUGUGAGCCUGAUUCCAAGCCCAGUCAACAAGAACCCUGUGAGGAAGACGUAGAAUGCUUUGAAUGGAGGUUUGGAGACUGGUCCAAGUGCUCAUCCACGUGUGGAAAGGGUGUACAGUCACGAGUGGUCCAGUGCAUGCAUAAAGACACCGGUCGUCAUGGCGACAACUGCCCACUAACUCUGAGACCACCAAUUUACCGAUCCUGUUACCGUGAAUCCUGCUUUAACAGAGCAAAACCAGUCGAUGCCUGAAGGGUUAACCCUCGUGCUGAUUGGAUAGCUCCUCUGCUCUGAAGCCCCCCGCUGACGGGGGGACGAGGGAGAAUACAUCACCUCCACAGCAGCUGGUUCAAUGGAUAUCUUCAAGUCAAAUUGGGUUCUUAGUUGUGGCGCGAAGAGGAUCUGUGCCAGACGUCAAUCCUUCCCACUGCAUCAGGAGAGACGCUUUUCUUUAAGAUGAAUUGCACAUUAUAUUUGAUCAUAUCUUUGAUUCUUUUUUUUAAAUUUUGGAUUAUAGAUUACUGUUUGAGUUUCCAACAUUAAACUACAAUAUAAAGCACAGAUUCUACAUUGUUAUGGACAAAGAAAUCUUGGAAUUUAAGAAAUUUGGAAAACUUUAGAAACUGCAACUUUAGGUGCUUUUGCUCCAAGCUGCAUUUAUGUUUAAAUUAAACGGCAACAGAAAUACUUGAUCCACCUGACCAAGAGGUCCUGGUUGAUGUUAUGUACUGUGUUUAAUACAUGGGUUUGUGUGGUAGUUUUGGGUUUAAAUACUGGUGCUAUAAAAAUACAUGAGACUAAAACCCAAACUUUAUCAUAAAGAUAAAUUGUUCUGUGACAGUGAAGACGUGUCUUUGCUAAUACUGCUGUAACCCUGUACUAUACCUGCAUUACACACACUUGAAGUGAUUUUAUCUUAAAAUGUACAAAUUACUUAAUGCAUAUAAUUUCAGCUUAAGUAAUGUUUAGCAUAAUCAAAUACAUUUUACUUUGCUUUUAAAUUGCUUGUUCUGUCCAGCAGAACAGACCGUCUCAUGCUCUGAUUGGAGCAUGAAAACAUGUUUUUAUCAUGAUUGUGAAUCUCAGUAAAGCUGCAUGUCAACGUGUAUGAAAAAUAUUUUGAAAACCAAUUUCAGGUUUUUUUUUUAAUAAUAGUUUCAGCUAACUAUUUGCUGCCUGUAAUCUUGUCUUUCUUCUUUGUCUAAAAAUAUAUAUUUUUUCAUGUAUUGGUCUAAAUUUGUGUAACCAAAACCUAAUUCUAUUUUUCAGUUCUAUAAUAGAAAACUUUUGCAAUUCUGUUACAUUUUCUUUUUUUACAUGAAUAGUGAGAAUAUUUAUGACAGCUCCAUGAAAUGAACAUCAACUACAUCUGAUAUUUCUUAAUGUAAACUCCAUCUCAGGCUGCACAGUGGUGCAGUUGGUAGCACUGUUGCCUUGCAGCAAGAAGGUCCUGGGUUCAAAUCCCAGCCUGGGGUGUUUCUGCAUGUUCUUCCUGUGUGUGGGAUCUCUUUGGGUACAAACCAACAAAAACAUGACAGCUUGAUCUCUCUAAAUUCUCCUUUAGAGAGAUGUGUGGUUGUAUGUCCUGUGUUGUUCUGUGACAUAGAACCAUAAGAGAAAAAGUCAGUUGAUCACAUAUUUUUUAAGUCAGACAUUUUACUCAUCCUCCAAAGAGUCUGACCUCAAAGCGUGAGAGGAAGGUAUAUGUAAGCUGGAAAAUAUGUUCACCUUUCAAAGUAAAAUUUCUAUAAUCAAGGUUUAUUUUACUCAGAAAAUAUUUGACAUGCUCUUCAGUCCUAAAUAUUCUUCUGGCCCACAUGCCAAUUAUUACUCUGUACAUCAUUGUGAAUCCCGCACCACUGUAAAAAUAUAAAUAAAAUAGUGAUGGCAGCAUUAUGCUUUAGAGAUGCUGUUGCUCAGAAUGGCCAGGAAACCGAACCGUCAAGCCAAAGUGUUCAUUCUCUCUUUCUCACCUUCCAGCAUCAUUCUAUUGUAUUAUUUCCUUAAACUGAACAACAUAAAAUCCCAAUAAAAUACACUGACCUUUGUGAGCUUAUGGUGUUAAAGUGUGUAUAUGUUCAAACAAUGUGAAUAGUUUUGAACUUUAAAACAAA